AUGCCUGUGCCAUAUAUAGAUAUCGUGUCGCCCUGCUCUUGUGGGGGCUGGUUUCAGCAACCUUAGAAUGUAUCUUCAUUUUGUCCUAGGGCAGUUUGAGUCCUUUUUGCCCAUGCAUGUUAAUUUGUCGAGUUUAGCACAGCGUGGAUCUGAGACACUUGGAAGUGAGCCAUGCCACUGCUCAAGCGGCGCGAGAAAGGGCAAUCGAUGAUACCGGCACCGCAGCCGGAGAUAUCGCCUGCCAUAUCCCAGUACCCGUCGCAGGGCUUCUACUAUGCUCAGUCAUCGACGAAUCUCACGAUAGUUCCGGACAUACAACCGCCGCAGUUGUACAUACCCGCGGAUCCUGCGACUACCGCUCAUCAUAGAUCGGCCCUCACGUCGAAGAUUAAUCUCCAUGAGCAAAAGCAGCAUGCCCAGCACCUUGUUCGGAAAUCCUGCAAUAAUUUGCGCGAAGCUGUCCAGGGGACGGUAAAUGUCACUCACCAUGCCGUUGAGGAAGUCCAGGAAAUACGCACUAGCGUUGGAAGAGGUGUAGAGCACCUGCGCGGCGCAAUUGAGAAGAAAUUUGAUGACAUCCUGACUGCGAUUGAUGAGUCUAGGUUUAGUGGAAGAGAGGAGGACCUUGAAGUGCAACACGUUCAACCUUCCAUUAGAGGCGGAGAUGGCCGCGAAGUGGGAAGAUCGACGAACGACCAGGCGAACUCCAAGUCGACAACUUCAGCAAACUACUUCUCGAAAGUAUAUCAUUACGCGAAUGCACGACUGCCGCCUCAUAUGGCGCCGUUGAAAUUAUACGUUCCUACAUAUCCCAUGCUAUGCCUUGCAGCACAGUAUUCACGUCGUGUAUACGACAAGCCAUCUGGUGCGGAAAAGCAUACUCAUAUCGAAGCUAAUUGGCGCAGCGGCACUAAAGCCAUGGUGAUCAAGUCAGUCCCUAUAGACGAUAUGAGUACCAUUGUCUUCGCGAUUCGGGGCACUCAGAGCUUUCGCGAUUGGACCGUCAAUUUCAGAACGGCUCCCACAUCGCCAGAUGGGUUUCUGGAUGAUCCGGGGAAUCUCUGUCAUUCCGGGUUUCUGGCAGUCGCACGGAAGAUGGUCCGUCCUGUGGCAGAUCGGUUGAAGUGGCUUCUACAGGAAGAUCCUAGCCGCGCCUCUUCCUCUCUCUUGAUCACUGGCCACUCCGCUGGCGGAGCUGUGGCCAGUCUGCUAUACUGCCACAUGCUUUCCGAAACUGUCCAAUCCGAAUUGACAGACAUGCGAGAUUUCUUUAAGCGUGUACACUGCAUCACUUUCGGGCCGCCUCCUGUCUCACUUCUGCCGCUGGAGAAACCAGCAUCGCGGCAAUACCGUAAAUCGCUAUUUUUCUCGUUCAUAAAUGAGGGUGAUCCCGUCUCGCGAGCUGAUAAGGCAUACGUCCGUUCCUUGUUAGAUCUAUAUGUCUCUCCAGCACCGGAUUCCGUUCUAGCCCAUAUUACCAGCACAGUCAGGCACCGCAGGCUGGGGGCGAGACGAAAGAUAGCGAAGCUAUACUGGACGGUACCAGAGUCGACUCUGUCUCUACCCGGGCGACUUGUUGUACUGCGGAAGCGAUCAAGGGACAGUAGUAAUGUGAGAUCUGUGCUCCCUGCGGCGUCAGAGGCGGCUGAAGAAGUCGAAGCAUGCACCACUACAGACUCUGAGCUGCGAGGCGUUGUUUUUGGAGAUCCACUCAUGCAUACGAUGGAUUUGUAUGCCCAAAGAAUCGACGCGUUAGCGACAAGUGCUGUGACUGUCAGGCUGGAUGCUGUUUGACAUUGUCAAUAUUAUUAACUAGAGGAUAGUGAAUCAUAUGACACAUUCAACUCGAAAUCCAUCCCUAUCCGAGAAUAGGACGAGCUCAAUAUUUAGCUGGCACUCCCCGUCAGAGCCUCAGAGGAGGGUUUCCAUCACUUGCAGGUAGACAAGACUAGGACAGAAAAAAGGUACAGGGAACAACUCCGCCGAAGAAUAGGUAUGCAGCUAGAGGUGUCUGCAGCUCGACAGGGGACUAUCAUCCGUGGUCCCACUGCGCGCUGUAAUUAUUUCGAUAGAUCGACGUCCAUUUCCUUCAGCAAGCAUUAACAGUUCCAAUUGGUGGGCAUUCAUUUAGACUGUCCUACCGUUCUGAAGAUGAAGGAAGCGGGAGAAAGCUUGCUUGAUUGGAUCUAGGAGCUAGGCAAAGCCUAUAUAGGCUCGCCUAGGUCACAUAAUCACUAG